AUGACCGACUAUCCGAUCGAUAAUUAUGGAAACACCAAGACUGUUAUCGCAUGUUUGAGGGGCAGAAUUCUAAAUGGCAAGUGGCGUGUGAAACGUUCCGCAUGGCGUGCAGACCCGGAGGGUUGUCUUGAAGUCUACAAGAGCACCACAUGUCCACUGUACAGCUUUGUGCAAGAUUUUCUAGUCAAUUUUAUCUUCAUUAUGGCCCUCGUGGAGACCCCUAUCGAUCUGCCAACUCACAUCAGUCAUGCGACUGAAUUUAAGGGUCCAUUGGACUCAAAGUCAACUACCGUCACAGUAGAAAAUGACAUUAAUGGCUCCAUCUCAGAUAAGGCCGAUACACAGUUUGAGUUGGAGGAGCAUCCAGUUGAUGUUUUGCGACCCAUCAAAGUGGGUAUCAUCGGCGCCGGUCUUGCAGGUAUCACGGCAGGUGUGAUGCUACCUGAAAAGUUGCCGGGCCUAGAUUUACGAAUUUACGAUAAGAACGCCGAUGUGGGAGGGACAUGGUUCGAGAAUACCUAUCCCGGUGUUCGCUGCGAUAUCCCUGCACAUGUCUACCAAUCUGGGAUUACUCCUAAUACUCAAUGGACGGAGGAAUUCGCCCAAGGAAGUGAAAUUAGAGACUACUGGCAGGGUGUUGCACGUAAACACAAUAUCUACCAAUAUCUCCGUGCCGGCCAGAAAGUACAAAAGGCCGAGUGGCAGGCCGAGAAAGGCAAAUGGAACGUCACCAUUGAGCAUGUGGAUGGGUCAAAAAUUUAUGAAGAAGAGCUAGAUGUGGUUAUCAACGCCAUUGGCCACUUCAACGCCUGGAAACUACCAGACUAUGAGGGAAUCAACGACUACAAAGGAAUUUUGUUUCAUUCUUCCAAUUGGGACCACAAUGUCAACUUGAAAGGCAAGCGAGUGGCUCUAAUCGGCAACGGCGCUUCCGGCCUGCAAGUGCUACCCUCAAUUCAACCACUUGCUAGUCAUGUCGAUCAUUACGCGCGAAACCCUACUUGGAUUGCAGAUUCAUUUAGCAGCGGAAACGUAGGAGUCCGUCGUCUCGAGCCAAAUUUAUUCACCGAGGAGCAGCGGGAAUCGUUCAAAGACCCCAAGGCAUAUCUCGAAUACCGAAGGGACGUCGAGAAAAAUUACUUCCAGCGUUUCGGGGCGAUUUUCAAAGAUACACCCGAGAACCACGCUCUACGCGACAAAUGGACCAACCUAAUGCUCCAACGUAUCGGAGACAAGCCCGAACUCGGCAAAAAGAUCCUGCCAGACUUCCCACCCAACUGCCGUCGUCCCACUCCAGGACCCGGCUACCUCGAAGCCCUAUCCAAAGAGAAUGUCGACUACAUCCAGACACGCAUCAAGCGAUUCACCGAGAAAGGCAUUGUCACCGAAGACGGCGUGGAGCGAGAAGUUGACAUAACAAUCUGUUCAACAGGCGCAAACGUAGAUCACGCCCCGCCAUUCUCAAUAGUCGCCAACGGCGUUGAUCUCAAAACUGCCUGGAAAAGCGACGGCCACUUCGGCUUCCCAUACUCCUACCUCGGCUUCGCAACACCAGGCUUCCCAAAUCUCCUGUGGAUCGGCGGUCCCUACUCUUCCGGACACAGUGGAACGGUCCCCAACAGCGUCGAAAACCAAGUGACCUACAUUGCCAAGGUCCUUCGUAAGAUCCGCAGCCAGGGCAUCAAAUCCAUAGAGCCGGCUAAGCAGGCAACUGAUGAUUUCGUCGAGUACUGUGACCAGUUCUAUCCGCGCACGGUGUGGACGGAGAACUGCAGCUCGUGGUAUAACGGUGGCAAGCCUGGUUCGAGGAUUCAUGGCCUUUUCCCUGGUAGUGCUUCGCAUGCGAAUUACAUUCGGCGAGAUCCGAGGUGGGAGGACUGGGAGUACACUUAUGUCAAUCCUAGUGGGAACCGGUUUGCUUACUUUGGUAAUGGCUGGACCACUAAGGAGUUGACUCCCGGUGCGGAGCUGACGCCACAUCUGAGAUUGCCAGAGGAUGUUGAUUUGAAGUCUUAUAUGGAGGGGUGGUGGGAUGUUUGA